CACAAAACACAUCCAUUCCAUUACCAAAGUACAAAACACAAACUCCCUUCUCCUCUCUCCUGAUUUGGUUUUUUUCCCUCCAAAGGAAAACAGAGACAACAAAAGAGAAACAAAUACACUAAAAAAAUGGCGGUAGACUCCAACCUCUCUUCGCCCUUGGGACCUCCGGCGUGUGAAAAGGAUGCAAAAGCCCUCCGUUUCAUUGAGGAAAUGACCCGAAACGCAGACACCGUUCAAGAAAACCUUCUAGCGGAGAUUCUGGCUCGCAACGCCAACACCGAGUACCUCCGCCGCUUCAACCUCGGCGGCGCCACUGACCGUGAUACCUUUAAAACCAAGAUUCCAGUCAUUACCUACGAAGAUCUUCAGCCAGAGAUUCAACGCAUCGCUGAUGGAGACCGCUCUCCGAUCUUAUCUUCCCAUCCUAUCUCCGAGUUCCUCACUAGCUCGGGAACCUCAGCCGGAGAGAGGAAACUUAUGCCGACCAUUAGAGAAGAGCUCGAUCGUCGCCAGCUUCUUUAUAGUCUCCUCAUGCCCGUAAUGAAUUUGUAUGUGCCGGGUCUAGAUAAAGGAAAAGGAAUGUACUUCCUGUUCGUUAAGUCCGAAACAAAGACACCUGGUGGGCUACCAGCUCGACCGGUUUUGACCAGUUACUACAAGAGUGAACACUUUCGGUCUCGGCCGUACGACCCCUACAACGUCUACACAAGUCCCAACGAAGCCAUUCUCUGUCCGGACUCAUUUCAAAGUAUGUACACUCAGAUGCUUUGUGGCCUCCUUGACCGCCUUUCUGUUCUCCGCGUGGGCGCUGUCUUUGCCUCCGGUCUUCUCCGUGCCAUUCGCUUCCUCCAGCUCCAUUGGUCUCGCUUCGCCCAUGACAUCGAGUUAGGAUGUCUGGACUCCGAGAUAACUGACCCGUCUAUAAGAGAAUGCAUGUCCGGCUUCCAUAACUCCGCACCUCAGUUUCACUUCGUGAGGAGGAAAAACGUCCUCCUCAGCAUCGAUUCCGACAAGACGGACGAGUCAGAGCUUCAAAAGGCGGUGGAGAAUGCAUCGAAGAUUCUUCAUGAAGAGUGUGGGAGCCGCGUAGCUGAGUACACUAGCUACGCAGACACAAGCACGAUCCCGGGCCACUACGUCUUAUACUGGGAGUUGUUAGUGAGGGAUGGAGCGUGGCAGCCAAGUCAUGAGACCAUAACUCGUUGCUGCCUCGAGAUGGAAGAGUCAUUAAACUCGGUUUACCGGCAAAGCCGAGUCGCGGACAACUCGGUUGGACCAUUGGAGAUUAGAGUGGUGAGAAAUGGAACGUUCGAGGAACUGAUGGAUUACGCGAUCUCAAGAGGCGCAUCAAUUAACCAGUACAAGGUACCAAGGUGCGUGAACUUCACACCUAUUGUGGAGUUACUAGAUUCUAGGGUUGUGUCGGCGCAUUUUAGCCCAUCCUUACCGCAUUGGACGCCGGAGAGGAGGAGAAGAUAAGGACAGGCCCAUGUUUUUUUCCUUGGAGUUCUCGUGAAGUCAAAGGCAUUAAAUUAAUCAGCGAUUUGGUCUUGUAAUAUAAUUAGAUUCCUCGC